UCAUGUUUCUGCGAUCGUGAAAGGAUUUGUAUAACACAUUCAGAUUUGAUGGACUUUCCCAUGUUCACUCUGGACAGCCCUUUUUUGUUGACAUGUUCAAAUAAUGAAUCUCUUAUGUGUAGGAUCCCUUUUUCCCCCCCUGCUCCUGAGUCCUGUUUCUAGUUGUCAGGUAGUGAUGCUGUGCAGACCAUUCCAUCGUCUGUCCCAAGCUUAUGGAGAACCGCUGACUUGCUGGCUUCCAGGAACCAGGGUGCUGAAAUGGAACAUAUACUUUUGAUUUUUUUACUGUUUAGUAAGAUCUUAUCAGUUGGAGCUCAAUUCAAUGGAUACAACUGUGACGCCAAUUUUCAUAGCCGCUUCCCGGCGGAGAGGGAUAUCAGCGUGUACUGCGGGGUGCAGACCAUCACCCUCAAGAUCAAUUUCUGUCCUGUCCUAUUUUCUGGCUACACCGACACUGACCUUGCCCUCAAUGGUCGCCACGGAGAUGCUCACUGCCGGGGAUUCAUCAAUAACAACACCUUUCCCACUGUUGUAAUCUUUAGUAUCAGCCUGGCCACGCUAGAGUCUUGCGGCAAUUCCCUCGUGGUCUCCACAGCUCAAGGACCAAAUGCUUACGGGAACCUGUCACUUGUUCAGAUUGGAAACAUAUCAGGUUAUAUCGACACACCGGAUCCCCCCACCAUCAUCAGCUACCUGCCAGGUCUGUUGUACAAGUUCAGCUGCAGUUACCCACUGGAAUACCUUGUCAACAACACACAGCUGGCCUCGUCAGCAGCUGCGAUCUCAGUGAAGGACAGCAAUGGUACUUUCAUCAGCACAUUGAAUCUACUGCUUUACAAUGACUCAUCAUACAUUCAGCAGCUGUCCAUCCCCAUGGCAGGACUGACCCUAAAGACACGGGUGUUUGCAGCUGUAAAAGCUUCUAACCUGGAUAGGAGAUGGAACAUUCUAAUGGACUACUGCUAUACCACGCCCUCUGGAAACCCUAAUGAUGACCUACGCUAUGAUCUUUUUUUUAGCUGUGAAAAAGACCCACAGACCACCGUCUUUGAAAAUGGGAAGAGCCAAAUGGGCCGCUUUGCCUUUGAAGUAUUUCGCUUUGUAAAGCACAAGAACCAGAAGAUGUCCACCGUCUUCCUGCACUGUGUCACUAAGCUGUGUCGAGCAGAUGACUGUCCAAUGCUUAUGCCAAUCUGUGGCAGCAGGAAAAAGAGAGAUGUCUCAGAGGGAAAGGAAUCAAGCAGCACGUCUGGGAACGCUGUCCUGACUGCCGGGCCAAUCAUCACUCGGAGUGAUGAAACACCAACCAACAACUCUCAGCUGGCCCAUCUGAAAGUUCCAGUCUUCCAGAUGAACACAGUGACAAGUGCACUCAUCUCAGGCGUGAUCAUCCUGGGUGUCAUGAGCAUUUGCUUCUUCAUCUUCUCCCUCACACUCCUCAAAGGCAAGAGCACUCCUGUCAGCAGUCUGUCUGGAGUCCGCAACCCAUCCUUCAACUGAACCCAACUCACUGCAGACACUUCUCCGCAAGUGUCAGAGCUAAGCAGGGGACACAGCUGAUGUGACAUGAUGUUUGUGCAUGUAGUCAUUUUACAAGAGAAUGAAAGUUAAUGCUGUUGUAGAAAGUUCUUGAAAGGUCUGUACACUGUGCAUUAGUGUAGAAGUAAAGCAGAACUUUUUAAAUAUUGUUCUCUACUUUGUGUGUCAACCUUCUGGCAGGCUAGGUUUAAUUUGCAUGUGGUUAUUUGUUAUGCAGCUUUAAUUCACACAGCGGGGACAUUCGUAACUUAUAUCAAUACCUCAGCUGUACAGCUUUCAGUUGCAGGGUAUAGGAUCAACUGGAAGGCUAUCAGUAUAUUGUAGCAUUACAUGACCCGAUAGUAAAACUCACACUUUAUGCAAGAGGCCAAAAUAUAAUAACACUUCAUUAAAAAUAUAAAUUGAAAUAUUGAGGGAAACUCCUUUGAUUAAGUGAUUAUAUGAGCUAACAGGAACCCUUGGGCUUGGAUGUUUUCCAAGUGCUUUUCUGGACAUGAUACCUAACUUUUAAAAGUAUAUUGAUAUGAUAGUUGGAAUAAAUGUUUAAUUUAUUAAUUUUGCUCCAUAUUAGAGUGGUAGCCUUGUGAUUAAUCAACUCAUAGGUCUGUUCUACCCAAAUAUGUAAUUCACUCACUCACUUUAAAUAUUUUAUGCAUUGUAGUAGCAAUAAACUUGUUUGUUAAGUGUGUACCCAAUUUAAUUGCGUAUAACUUUCCCAGAAUGUGUUCUUUAAAGGUAAAGUGUGUAAUAUGUAGUGGCAUCCAGCUGAACAGAAUUGGCAGAAGUACAAAAUAAUAUUUAUUAGCAUGUUUUAAUUAGUGUACAAUCCCCUUAGAAUAAGAGUCAUUGUGUUUUCAUUACCUUCGAAAGAGCUUUUUAUAUCUACGUAGGGAGCUGGUCCCCCUCCAUGGAGGUCGCUCUGUUGAACCACCAUGUUUCAACAGUAGCAGAGAACAGACAAACCUGGCUCUAGUGAGGGCCUUUGUGUUUUUCAAUGUAGUUGGUGGCUGCCCAAAAUGUACCAGU